AACACACACACUCUGUUCUUAUCCUGCAGCCAAUAAGGGCCUGAUGAUCUCAAGUAUCACUACAGCACCAGGACUUAUUCUCUGAGCGGAGCCUACAGAUUCUUACAGACCUUCAUCUUCAUCGUUGAGGGUGCUGCUCUUCCUCUUGAGACUUGGCCUUCAACACCCUCAAUCCAGACAUUCUUCACCAGAGGCUGACCCAGCUCACAGUAUCGGUCUUUACCUGACUGAUAGACAGCAGCAGAUUUGAAGUCUGGUGUCACCAUGUCUGACACUGAGGAAGUGUAUGAGGAGGAGGAAGCCCAGGAGGAGGUAGUAGAAGUAGAGGUAGCCCCUGAGGCGGAGGCCCAGGUAGAAGCAGAGCCAGAAGUAGAGCCUGAACCAGAGCCAGAACCAGAACCAGAGCCAGAGCCUCAAGAGGUGGUGGAGCAAGUGGUUCAUGAGGAGGAAGAGGCCUAUGAAGAGGAAGGGGAAGAUGGAGAUCAAGAUGAGGAGAAGCCAAAGUUCAAACCCAGUGCUCCAAAGAUCCCUGAUGGAGAGAAAGUGGACUUUGAUGACAUUCAGAAGAAACGUCAGAACAAGGAUCUGUUUGAGCUGCAGUCACUGAUCGAUGCUCACUUUGAGUGCAGGAAGAAGGAGGAAGAGGAACUCAUUGCUCUUAAAGAAAGAAUUGAAAAGCGCCGUGCAGAGCGAGCUGAUCAGCAAAGGAUUCGUGCUGAGAAGGACAAGGAGCGACAGGCACGGCGUGAGGCUGAGAGGAUGAGGAAAGAGGAGGCGGAUGCACAGAGGAAGGCUGAUGAUGAUGCCAAAAAGAAGAUAGCUCUUACCAACAUCGGAUCAGGCUUCAGCAGCCACCUGCAGAGGAUUGAUGCAAGGAGAGGCAAGAAGCAGACUGAAAGAGAAAAGAAGAAGAAGAUAUUGGCAGAGAGAAUCAAACCACUGAGCAUCGACAGCCUCACAGACGACCAGCUGAGGGGAAAGGCCAACGAUCUGUGGGAUUGGCUGACCAACCUGGAGGCGAUUAAGUACGACCACUGCGAGAUGCUCAAGAGACAAAGAUAUGAGGUCAUCUCUCUAAGAAAUCGCAUCGAUGAGCUGCAGAAACACAGCAAGAAGGGGGCCGCCUCACGCCGCAGAAAGUGAGCAGCGACGAGGAGAGGUCAGCCUCGGUCAUGAUAGCAGCUCAACUGGAUGUCUUAGUUCCUGUAUCUGCUUAAGUGCAAUGGUUUCAGCAUAAGCUUAGCUUCAAUAAAUAAAGUGUUUUAACAGAA